AGAUCUCCCCUUCCUUCUUCUUUCUUUUGUUUUCCUCGUGUCGUUGUACUCUAAUUCUUCGAGGAUCUCUCCAUCGACCGUGUUUGGUUCUGUUUACUUGACGAUGGACGAAGUGUGGUUCUGAGAAAGGCAAAACAGUCGAGUGUCUUCUUGUUUCGAGGGCAAAAGAAGUGGAGGUCAAGAAAGAGAGGCUAAAGAUGUAUGGAGACUGUCAAGUGCUGUCAUCCAUGGUGGGAGGCAACGUUGUGUCACCCGAUUCGCUCUUCUCCUCUUCGAUCCAAAAUCCUAGCCUCAGCUUCAUGGCUAACAUGCCACCAUUCCAUGCCUUCUCCUCCAUCAUUCCGAAGGAGGAAGGGAUGAUGUUGAUGGGGAGGGGUGGGAGCAAGGAAGAGGAGAUGGAGAGCCGCUCUGGUAGCGGACCCCUGGACGGAGUGCUCAGCUGCGGCGAGGACCACGACAACGAGUUGCAGCAACCGCCGCCGCCGUCGCAACUGCAGCAGACGGCUGCGAAGAAGAAGCGUUACCACCGCCACACCGCCCGGCAGAUUCAAGAGAUGGAAGCGAUGUUUAAGGAGUGCCCUCACCCGGACGAGAAGCAGAGGAUGAAGCUAAGCCAAGAACUCGGCCUUAAGCCUCGCCAGGUCAAGUUCUGGUUCCAGAACCGCCGGACUCAGAUGAAGGCUCAACAAGACCGGGCGGACAACGUGGUGCUGCGGGCGGAGAACGAGAGCCUGAAGAACGACAACUUCCGGCUGCAGGCAGCCAUUCGCAACGUCGUCUGCCCCAGCUGCGGCGGCCCGGCCAUCCUCGGCGAGAUGUCCUUCGACGAGCAGCAACUGCGCAUCGAGAACGCCCGGCUCAAGGACGAGCUUGAGCGUCUAUCCUGCAUCGCGUCGCGUUACAGUGGCCGGCAGUUGCAGCCAUUAGGGCCGGCACCGCCUCUACUGCUCCCCUCUCUUGACCUUGACAUGGGCAUCUACUCCAGACACUUCCACGAGCCGCCGGUGGUGAGCUGCACCGACCUGAUCCCCAUCCCGCAGAUCUCCGAUGAGCCCUCGCCGUUCCCUGGCAUGCUCAUCAUGGACCAAGACAGGCCAUUGGUUCUCGACCUGGCAAUGACGGCAGCAGAUCACCUGGUCAGGAUGUGCAACACGAACGAGCCGCUGUGGAUCCGAAGAGGUGGUAGCACCGUGGAGGUCUUGAACUUGGAAGAGCAUGCGAGGAUGUGUCCAUGGCCGAUGGACCUGAAGCAGCAACAGGGGCGGUUUAGGACGGAGACUUCCAGGGACAGUGCCAUGGUCAUAAUGAACGGCAUCACAACGGUGGAUGCCUUCCUGGAUGCAAACAAAUGGAUGGAGCUGUUUCCUUCCCUUGUCGCAAAGUCCAGAACGGUGCAGGUUUUGAGUCCCGGAGUUCCCGGCCACGGCAAUGGCUGCUUGCAUCUGAUGCAGGCAGAGCUGCAAUUUCUAUCUCCGUUGGUGCCCGCCCGUGAAGCUCACUUCUUCCGGUACUGCCAGCAGAACUCAGAAGAAGGCACUUGGAUUAUAGUCGACUUCCCCGUUGAUGGAUUCCGAGAUGGCAUUCAAAGCCCCUUCCCCUGGUAUAGAAGGAGGACUUCUGGUUGUGUCAUCCAAGAUAUGCCCAAUGGGUACUCCAAGGUACGGAAACUUGAUUUGCUGUGUUUAUGUAUCACCGGGACAAGAAAAAGCUCUUCUAUGUUCUGGGAAUGUUGCUCACCUGCCAUGAUCACUUCUCUAAUAGUAAUAGAGGACAUGGUUAAGAAUUUUAUGGAGGAACACAGGAGAAAGAUAACAAGAACAAAUCAGAGUUACCUGCUUUAUACCUCAUAUUUCUUUGGGCAGGUGAUCUGGGUAGAACAUGCAGAGGUGGAGGACAAACCAGUGCAUCAGAUAUUCCAGCAAUUUGUCAGCGCCGGUGAGGCAUUCGGAGCUACACGCUGGGUUUCAGUCCUACAAAGGCAAUGUGAGCGGCUCGCGAGCCUUAUGGCGAGAAAUAUUUCUGACAAUGGAGGUAUCUCUGCCGAUUCAUCCCCACAGAAAAGUCCUACACUGAACUGUGUUGCGGUUCUCUCAUCCGUGUACUCCGGUGUUUCAGUUAUCUCAUCUCCGGAGGCGAGAAAGAACAUGAUGAGGCUGUCACAGAGAAUGAUAACAACAUUCUGCACCGGCGUGUAUGCCUCUGGAAUGCAGUCAUGGACGGCGCUCUCGGAUUCUUCUGAUGACACGGUCCGGGUGACAACUAAGAAAAAUACUGCUCCCGGCCAGCCAAAUGGGGUUAUUCUCACGGCAGUGUCCACCACAUGGCUUCCUUCCUCCCAUCACCAGGUGUUUGAGCUUUUGACGGACGAGCAAAGGAGGUCUCAGCUGCAGUUGGAUGUGCUCUCCAGCGGGAACUCGUUGCAUGAGGUGGCUCAUAUAGCCAAUGGCUCGCACCCGAGGAACUGCAUAUCACUGUUGCGUGUCAAUGCAGCAAGCAACUCCUCCCACAGCGUGGAUCUCCUGCUCCAAGAGAGCAGCACCCACCCCUCCGGUGGCAGCAUCGUGGUGUACGCCGCAAUCGACGUCGACGCCGUGCAGGUGGCGAUGAGCAGCGAGGACCCGUCCUACAUUCCCCUCCUCCCGACCGGGUUCGUCAUCUCGCCCGCCGCCCGCCAACCAAACGCCGGGACCAGUAGCGGCAUCGAUGGUCACGCCACCGUCGGAUGCCUGCUCACGGUCGGCAUGCAGGUGCUCGCCACCGCCGUCCCCUCCGCCAAGCUUAACCUCUCCACCGUCACCGCUAUCAACAACCACCUCUGCAACACCGUGCAACAGGUUAGAGCCGUGAUCGCCGGUGCCGGUGGCACGGCCAUGGCCGAGCCGGCUGCCGUGGCGCCGGAUCAAUAACACGAGGAAGUGACUGGAGUUACCUGAACCCUAAGUACUGAACCAUUAAACCUCGUCAACAUGUCUCUUCAGUGACGAUGGCCCCAGUGGUCGUGUUGGCGAAGUAGAAGGCGGGGUUCAAGGUAAACUCCAAGGAUGGUAGUGGAGUCUGUAGAGUGUCUAGUUCAAGUGGCAGCGUCGUACUGUAACAUGUCAGUGGAAGAAGAGAGCCCAAGGAGACUAGUUAGGUUGAAGGAGGGAAGUCAAGAGCGCACCAGAUGUGACCCUUGCUCGCUGGCGAAGCCCAUCUCACGAGGGGAGGAGGGCGUUGGUUCGGGAAUUGACUUCUUGCUCUGUGGUGGUCAGCUUCCUGUUGGUUUGUGUUUGUGUUUGUGUUUCUGUUGAGUUGCCUCGGAUGGGGGUUUGGUUGGUAGAACUGGAUUGAAUGAUGCAUGCUGUGCUGGAACCAUUAUGGUUAUUUAUGUUGUGUAUUCAUUGCUC